AUGUCGUCUUUUCGUUUGUUGAUUGAAGACGGCCAGUUCCGUGACGGUCACGGCCGUCAAGUCGUCCUUCGCGGUAUCAAUCUCGCCGCCGAUGCCAAACUUCCAAGCGAACCCGACCAGCCAUCCCAUGUUCCCACCGACUUCUUCGACGGCGAUAACGUGACUUUCCAUCAGCGCCCUUUCCCUAAGGAAGAUGCGCGAUCUCACUUUGCGCGCUUGAGACGAUACGGUUUCAACACUAUCCGUUAUAUCUUUACAUGGGAGGCGCUUGAGGCGGCAGGUCCUGGUAAAUAUGACGAGGACUUUAUUCAGCACACAAUCGAUAUCCUGAGGAUAGCGAAGGAAUAUGGCUUCUAUAUAUUUAUGGAUCCUCACCAGGACGUUUGGUCUCGUUUCACCGGCGGUUCAGGAGCACCGCUGUGGACAUUGUAUGCAUGUGGUCUUAACCCACAGAGCUUCGCUGCGACUGAAGCCGCUAUUGUUCAGAACACUUACCCAAAUCCCGAAGAAUUUCCAAAGAUGAUUUGGUCGACAAACUACUACAGACUAGCAGCUGGAACUAUCUUCACCCUGUUCUUCGCCGGUAAAGAUUUCGCUCCCAAGUGUAUUAUUGACGGCGUCAACAUCCAGGAUUAUCUCCAGGAUCACUUCAUGAGAGCAUGCGGCCAACUCGCCCAGAGAAUCCAUGAGGCAGGAGAUUUGGAGAACGUCGUCGUUAUUGGAUGGGAGAGUAUGAACGAGCCAAACAAGGGCAUGACGGGUUACAAGGACCUUACUGUUAUCCCCAAAGAACACCCUCUGAAGAAGGGCACAUGUCCAACCAUGUGGCAGACGAUGUUGACUGGUAUGGGACGAGCGUGUGAAGUCGAUACAUGGGAAAUGGGUGGUCUCGGUCCCUACAAGACUGGAAGCACACUAGUGGACCCUCACGGCGAGAUCGCAUGGUUGCCAGAAGACUACGACGACUCACGAUAUGGGUGGAAGCGCGACCCGGGCUGGCAGCUUGGGCAGUGCAUUUGGGCACAGCAUGGGGUUUGGGAUCCCAAGACUGACACUCUCCUUCGCAAGGAUUACUUUGCCAAAAACCCCAACACUGGCAAACUGAUCGAUUACCCGCAGUUCACCAACACAUACUUCAUGGACUUCUGGCGCAAAUACGUCAAGACUUGUCGAGCCGUUCAUUCGGACUGCAUCAUGCUCAUGCAAUUCCCCACUCUCGAAUUGCCGCCAGAGAUCAAAGGAACCGCAGAUGACGACCCUCGAAUGGCUUUCACCCCGCACUACUACGACGGCAUUACGCUCAUGACAAAGCAUUGGAACAGCACAUGGAACGUCGACGUGGUUGGAGUUCUGCGAGGCAAAUACUGGCAUCCAGCUUUGGCUAUCAGAAUUGGAGAGACUGCCAUUCGCAACUGCCUCCGUGACCAACUCGCAACAUUAAGACAGGAAGGUCUCGAUCGCACCGGAAAGCAUCCAUGCGUGUUGUCGGAAUUCGGCAUCCCAUACGAUAUGGACGAUAAGAAGGCCUAUAAAACAGGUGACUAUUCGAGCCAGUCAGCGGCAAUGGAUGCCAAUUAUUUUGCGGUGGAGGGGUCUCAAAUCGAGGGACACUGCUUGUGGACAUAUUGUGCUAGGAACGACCACGCGCGGGGAGACUUUUGGAAUGGGGAGGAUUUGUCCAUUCUUUCACUUGACGAUAAAACUCUUCCGGAAUCUCCUCUUCCCGAAUACUCCCAGUCGACACUAGAUUUGGCAAGGACUGCGACUACUACAAAUGCGAAGAAGGACGUGGCCGACGAUAGAAACGUUACACCCGACAACCUCAAACGAACACUCACCAACCCAUCAAUCAGCUCCGCGCCCUCAGCUAAGGACCCUGAGCUGACUAACGCCCCUGGUUACCGUGCUGCUGAAGCCUAUGUGCGCCCAACGCCCACAGUGGUGUACGGUGACGUUGUGUCCACUGGAUUUGACUUGAAACAAUGCACAUAUGUCCUCAAGGUUAAAGCACAGAAAGCUGCACCUGAUGACGCCCCUACAGUUGUGUUCUUGCCCGAAUAUCAUUUCCCCAAGGACCAGUGCCAAGUAGCUGUGACUUCAGGCAAGUGGGAGCUAAGCAUAGAGGAAGACGAGGGCACGCCACUUCAGAUGCUCAAGUGGUGGCAUACAGAGGGCGAACAGAACCUCAAAGUUUCGGGUCUUGCACGGAAAUACAAUGUUCCUGUAGGAUCUGAAGAGGAUGCUGGUUAUCUGGAGCAGUGCCAGCAGGGCUAUGGGUUUAACUUUGGAAGCUGCAGUGUUAUGUGA